UUAUGAAUAACUUUCCACUUUGAGAAGUACAGUUGCGCCAGUGAACUGUCAGAUGAGGCGGAACGAAUCUAAUACUUUUGGAUUCUGAUUGAAAUUUAUUUAGGGAGAAAUGUUCCGCGUCAGUAAUAAGUUACUAAACUUAACCCAAGCACUCGCCCGCCAACUAAGCCACAAUGCCCCCAAAGCUAUCCCGGUUGAAAGCAGUAACAUACUAGCCUCGAACAUAAUUUCUCAACUCAACACAGACUUGGAAAAAUUACGUAUCACAACCCCGACAAGCAGCUACAAUAGCAAAAAGGAAAUCAUCGACAUCCCAGUAAUUUCUCGUAUCAUAGAAAACCCCCGAGAUUCACUCAUCAAUGAAAUCCGUGACAUAAUCCAACCAAAUCGGAAUCAGAUCAUCGAAAAUCCAGUGAAUCGAACGCCAGGUACCGAAGAUGGAAUUCAAGCCGCUCGAUUAAUCGUGAUUCGACGACGAAAAAUGAAGAAACAUAAAUUGCGUAAACUACGCAAGAAGAUGAAGUUUGAAUGGGCUAAGGUGAGACAACGACGUGAGAUGCGGAAAGAGAAACGUUUCCAAGCUGGUCUGUUGCAUCGUAUAAAGAAAGCCGAAGCAUUCUCGGCUGAAGAGUAUGUAACUGAGAAGUUGAGACAAGCGAAUGAAACACCCAUCCCACGACUUUGGAAGGGCAAGCGUCUGCCUCAGUUUAUUAUUAAAGAGAAAAUGGGUAUCAAGUGAUGCGGUUGAGUAGAAAAUUUUAGAUUUUAAUAAAAUAUUAAACUGUUA